UUGUGGGGUAUCUUCCUCACCGGUCUGAGCACCAUUCAUCUUUCUUUCGCCAUUGAAGAAGAUUCUCUCUCUCUCUCCUCCCUCUUGGCCUGCAUUAUUCAAUUUCUCCGGCUGUAAACCCUAAUUCACCACCGGAGCUCCGGCGUCGUCGUCCCCGCGGAACAGUCUUGUUACAGAAGGAAUUGUUUGAUGGGAGACACCGAAAUGCACGAGCAAGAUGUGGCUUCUGGUCUGUACGCGGGUUCUGUCGAGGCGAGAGGUCCAAAUCAGGAACCUUCGGAACCAGACCAAAAUCCUAUAGAAAAACCUCUUUCCCCUGUUCCAGAGGACAAGACUCUUACUUUGGAGAGUGAUGUUCAUUUACCAGACGCCGCCGUUGAUGAUGAAACUGGUGCUGAUGAAGUGACAGACAACCAUGCCAGUGUUGAUGGGAAGAGUGCUGAUCAAUCGAUAAACAAAAGUGUUGGUGAUGAUGGGCAUGAGGAGGAGAAGCCGGAGGAACUAACUCCUCCUCAGGUGGAACAUUCGACUCCUGAUGCUGGUGGUGGAAGUACGAAGAAAUGGAGGACUUGGUUGUUGAGCAAAUCCGAGGUAGUAGAGGCUGAUGAAUCAGGGUCACUAGAGGAACAAGAUGCAUUUAUAAAGGAAGUGGAGAGCUUCCACAGGGAGCAUUUCCUAGAAUUUAAAGCCCCUAAAUUUUAUGGACAGCCCUUAAACUGUCUCAAGUUAUGGCGGGCAGUCAUUAAAUUAGGUGGCUAUGAUGUGGUCACCUCAUCUAAGCUAUGGCGGCAAGUUGGAGAAUCCUUCCAUCCUCCAAAGACAUGCACGACAGUUUCUUGGACAUUCCGCAUUUUCUAUGAGAAGGCACUGUUGGAGUAUGAAAAGUUUUUAAGGCAACAUGGUGAACUUACCCUUCCUGGUUCAGCUUUCUUCCCAUCUUCUGAUGUUGAAAAGGAGGUGAACAGCCAUCUAGGUCCGGGAUCAGGCAGGACCCGAAGAGAUGCAGCAGCUCGUGCUAUGCAGGGUUGGCAUUCUCACCGCCUUCUUGGAUCUGGGGAGGACCCUGAAUCUAUUUCCAAGGAUAAGGGCUUGAAUUCAACCCCAAGGCAAAAGAACCUCAAAAGUAUCGGUGUGCAGAAACACAAAACACCAACUAGCAUGGACCUUGUAGUUUCACAUGAAGGAGGCAAACAAUUAGUAGCUGAAGUUAUCGAUGUCGGGCUGCCUGCUGACUGGGUGAAGAUAAACGUCAGAGAAACCAAAGAUUGCUUCGAGAUAUAUGCCCUGGUUCCCGGUCUUCUUCGCGAAGAGGUCAGAGUCCAAUCAGAUCCUGCAGGAAAGUUAGUUAUAACAGGCCAACCCGAGCAGCUCGAAAAUCCGUGGGGAAUCACAUCCUUCAAAAAGAUUGUGAGCCUACCCGCAAGGAUCGACCCGCUUCAUACAUCUGCGGUGGUGAGCUUUCACGGGCGACUUUUCGUUCGGGUCCCGUUCGAGCAGUGAGUGGCCUGAAUUUGAACUGUGAGGUGCGAGCUAAGCUUGUUCCUUGUCUUAUCUUGUCACCUUAAGUUAAAGCUUGAUCUUCCUCUUUAGUUGUACUAGGAAUUAGGUUUUGUAUAUCAGAACUAAAUGUUACAGAGGUUGUGGACUUGUAACUGAGUAGGAACAAUGAAUGAGCUUUUCUUUCUUUCUUUCUAGGACAAGUUGAGAUCAGGGAGGAUAGUUUGGUUUUAUUAACUAUUGUGAUAUAAAAUGGGAAAGAAAUUAUGUUUCUCUUUA